CCAAGCGCUUUCUCCAGGUUUGGAGGGCGGUGGGGGGGACACAGAAAGAGAGACAGAGAGAGAGAGAGAGAGAGAGAGGAGAUCGGCGACAGUCAAUCUUAGACACAGCAGCCUGAAACGACUUGCGAUGGAGGAACUCUGCGAGAUGGACUGCACGGUGCUGAAGCGGCUCCUAAAGGACGACAGCGCCAAGUGCCUGCUGCUGGACUGCCGCUCCUUCCUCGCCUUCAGCGCGGGGCACAUCCGCGGCGCUGUCAACGCCCGCUGCAACACCAUCGUGCGCCGCAGAGCUAAGGGCUCCGUGCUGAGCCUGGACCAGGUACUGGCCGGGGACGAGGAGGUCCGGGGCCGCUUCCGCUCCGGGAUGUACUCCGCCGUGGUGCUGUAUGACGAGAGGACCCCGGACUCGGACACGGUGAAGGAGGACAGCACGGUCACCCUGGUGCUCAACGCGCUGACCAGGGACUCCUCCGGCACAAACAUAUACCUGCUGAAAGGUGGAUAUGACAGGUUUUUCUCAGAAUACCCAGAGUUUUGUUUAAAGACCAAAUCCUUACCAUCCCUCACCAGCCAGUCCAGCAUCGACUCUGCCUGCUCGUCUUGUGGGACACCACACCACGAUCAGGGCGGCCCAGUCGAGAUCCUCCCGUUCCUCUACCUUGGCAGCGCCCUCCACGCCUCAAAGAAGGAGGUUUUGGACGGCAUAGGAAUCUCCGCCUUGCUGAACGUGUCGGCCGACUGUCCUAACCACUUCGAGGGGGCGUACCAGUACAAGUGUAUCCCUGUGGAGGACAACCAUAAAGAGGACAUCAGCUGCUGGUUCCUGGAGGCUAUUGAGUUCAUAGAUUCAGUACGGGACUCCAGUGGGCGAGUGCUGGUCCACUGUCAAGCAGGCAUCUCCCGCUCCGCCACCAUCUGCCUGGCCUACCUGAUGAAGAGAAAGCGUGUACGUCUGGAUGAAGCCUUUGAGUUUGUGCGCCGGCGCCGCAGCAUCAUCUCUCCCAACUUCAGCUUCAUGGGCCAGUUGCUGCAGUUCGAAUCACAGCUCCUCGCCACCUCUUGUGCCGCUGAGGCAGCUGCCACGGCAAGCCCGCUACUGGGACCCAAGUCUUCAGUAGCGACCGCCUCGACGACGGCCACACCCACCUCUCCGUUCAUUUUCAACUUCCCUGUCUCUGUGGUCAACUCCGCCUACCUGCACCACAGCCCAAUCACAACCUCACCCGGCUGCUGAUGGACAGCCAAUCACUCACAGCCUUCCCCUGACAAACUAUUUGAGCACAGACUGGGCUGGUAUUGGCUGGAAGAGCUGUCAGUCUUACUGACCGCCGCAGUAUGUAUAUGCUUCCAGGGUGGAGAGUUGAGAAGCGUCAUGGUGCCUGAUUAAAAACUCAAAGACUGAAAAAAGAAAAAAAAAAAACUUUUUAAAGUUCAGAAACCAGCCAACGCUCCGUCCAUUUUAACAUGAGAUUUAUUCAAACUGACCAAAAAUUAACUGGCUUUCAGAACUUGUUUCAGUAAACACGUUUGGAGGGAGUGUUGGACUGAUGUUUACUGAAGAUACACCCUCUUCCUUGAC